AUGGAUUAUGCACACAGUAUGAUUCAGAAAUUAAAAUAUGUUCACAACUCGAUCAAUCCAGCAACUCGUUCAGGAGCGAUUGAUAUUGUUGUCGUAGAGCAGCCUGAUGGAGAGUACAAAUCAACACCAUUUCAUGUCCGAUUUGGGAAAUAUGGAGUAUUCAGUUGUAGUAAUAACUAUGUGGAUAUUGAAGUCAAUGGUAAAUCAAUCGACAUGAAAAUGAAGCUGACGGAUAACGGAGUUGUGGUCUUUGUGGAAACAGAUGAUGAGAAUUCAAAUGUUCUGGAAAGACCAGAUGUUCCUGAAAAGAAGGAAAAAGAAAUGGAUCAGGCAGAGAGUGAAUGUGAAUUAGAAAAAACUGAGAGAGCAACUGAAAAUGGUGAGAAGAUAGAAAGAACAAGAAAACGAUCGACAAGUUUGGGAGCUACGAAAGAGGAUGAAGGACCAAAAGAAGAGCCACUCAGUGAAGAUGAUCUUGAUGAAAGCUUGACUUCUGAAUUCAUUGAACGUCUGCGUCUGCCUUCUGAUAAACUGAAAGCAUUGAAUCUAUCUCUUGGAUCCAAUGAAAUUCGCUUUCAAAUCACUACAAAACUUCAAGGAACAACUUGGUGUACUUGUAACAUUUAUCUUUACAAAUGGUACGAGCAACUUGUGAUUUCGGAUAUUGAUGGUACAAUCACAAAGUCUGAUGUUCUCGGUCAUGUACUCCCGGUUGUUGGUGGAACAUGGGCACACAAUGGAGUUGUGGAGCUCUACAAUCGGAUCAAGAAUAACGGAUACAAGAUGAUUUAUCUAUCUUCUCGAGCUAUUGGACAUAGUCACAUGACGAAAGAGUAUUUGAAAAGUGUCACUCAGGACGGGAAACAUUUACCGGAUGGUCCAGUUUUACUCUCCCCAACAAGUACUAUGAGAGCAUUGAAAAGAGAAGUUAUCGAUCGAUGUCCAGAAGAAUUCAAAAUUGCCGCACUCUCAGAUUUGAAAAAGUUGUUUCCAAGCCCCAAUCCUUUCUAUGCUGGAUUCGGUAACCGUGAUACUGAUGUCAUUUCAUAUAAAGCUGUAGCUGUUCCCACUGCUAGAAUUCUAAUAAUUGAACCAAGCGGAACUAUAAAAAGAUGGGAUUCAUCGAGGCUGGAACCAAGUUACACGUCGAUUGCAACAGAUUCAGUCGACUAUAUGUUCCCUCCUCUUCCAUUUCAUAUAAAAGACCAUGCUGUGAAGAAAGAGAGACACACAUCUGCAUGGAGCAAGCCUCUGAAUCACAGUAACUUUACGCAUUGGCAUGUCAGGCCGGAAGAUGUUCUGGACGACGAAUUGAAAGAAUAUGAAGAUCAGAGAACGGAAUUAAUUGCAAGUCAGAAGAGAAAAAGUAAAAUGAGCUUGUUUGUAUAG